CAGCAUCAGCAGGAGCAGCAACAACAGGAGGUGGUGUACGAAGAAGAGCUGUUCGCGAAUCCGUUGAAAACUCAUUUAGGCGGCCCGGGGCUGUAUGUCGAAGAGGAGCUAGGAACACUAUCGGGCGUAUAUUUGCCAGCAGAAUACCCACAGGUGGGAAUAACUUACGCUGAGGAAGCGGUCGGUCAGGAGGGCUUUAUCAAAGUUGAAAGUAACGAAUUGGGCAGACGAAUGCCAAUGCCAGACGGUCAGGACAGCAAGCAGCAGCUGCAGCACUGCGUGGUUCUGAAGAAACCGCGCGUGGAGGACGAUCCGAAUGCUGGUUACAUUGACGUUGAUGUUACGACUGUCGAUCAUUUUCGUCAUCCACCGAAAACUCGAGAGCCAUAUGGACCGGAUCACGUGAUUGCUAGGGAAGGUGGCAAAUUUCAUCUGCUGAUUGGCAUAACUGGAUCGGUGGCAUCGAUCAAGCUUUCAGAACUGAUCACUGAGCUUCAGAAACAAAGCCCGCAGGGGCGACUGGUUAUACGUGUGGUUGCAACUGAAGCAGCACGAGCGUUUAUUGAUGAAAGUGCAUUCGAAAUUCCGAUCUACAACGAUUUGGACGAGUGGAACAUGUGGAAAAAGCGCGGUGAUCCAGUUCUGCAUAUCGGCAAGCUCCCUAUUUUUGAGCUUAUAGAGUUGAGACGAUGGGCCGAUGCUAUGGUAGUUGCUCCACUGGAUGCGAACACUUUGGCCAAGUGGGCGAACGGUCUUUGUGACAAUUUGCUGACAUCAAUAGUUCGCUGUUGGGAUCCUCGAAAACCGAUGUAUUAUGCACCAGCGAUGAAUGUUGCGAUGUGGGAAAAUCCGCUAACAUACCAGCAUCGCAAGACGCUGAAGGAUCUGUUUCGCUAUAAGGAAAUUCCGCCAAUUGAGAAGGAAUUGAUGUGUGGUGACACAGGUCUUGGUGCAAUGGCAACGGUACAGAUGGUGGCAUCGAUUUUAGCUAGUGAAGUGAAAAAUCGUUUUGCUGUCUACUCAGACCAUUCGAAGCUAACAACAUAG